GGAAAAGGGGGCGUGGCUAGGAAAGAGUAUAUUACUUGUUACUGGGUGCUGUGUCUCCUGCAGGGAACUUCGUGAAGCUGCCUUCUCCUACUCCCUGUCCACUGAUCUCUGACGUGGGCGGGGUGAUCCAAGCGACAGGACGCUGCACUUCCCAGCUGGCUGAGCCACCGCAGCCAGCCAGGAAGCUCAGAGGAAAGGAAAAGCUGUAGGAGUUCCAGAUCUUCUCUGGUGAAGAGUGUUUCCCGCAACUAUCAUCACUAUGGACAACAAGGGGUCAUCGCCGAAAGGGUCAUUCCUGCUGCUGCUGCUGCUGGUGUCAAACCUGCUCCUGUGCAAGAGUGUGGCCUCGAUACCCGUCUGUCCCAGGGGGUCUGUCAGGUGCCAGGUGUCUCUCCCGGACCUGUUUGACCGAGCAGUCAUGCUGUCUCACUACAUCCAUAGUCUCUCCUCAGAUAUGUUCCAUGAAUUUAAUAAACAGUAUGCUCUGGGUCGAGGGUUCAUACCCAGGGCCAUCAACAGCUGCCAUACUUCUUCCAUCUCUACUCCUGAAGACAAGGAACAAGCCCAACAGAUCCAUCACGGAGACCUUCUGAACUUGGUCCUCACAAUGCUGCGCUCCUGGAAUGACCCUCUUGAUCAUCUAGCCUCUGAAGUGCAUAGCCUGCCAAAAGCCCCGAGUGCUCUCCUAACAAAAGCCACCGAGGUUAAAGAGCAAAACGAACGACUUCUAGAAGGCAUAGAAAAGAUAGUGGACCAGGUUCAUCCUGGAGCCAAAGAAAACAAGGCCUACUCUGUCUGGUCGGGACUUCCAUCUCUGCAGACAGCUGAUGAAAAUACUCGCCUGUUUGCUUUUUAUAACCUAUUCCGCUGCCUAAGCAGGGAUUCGCACAAGAUUGACAGCUAUCUCAAGCUCCUCAAAUGCCGAAUUGUCUACAACAACAACUGCUGA